UCAGCCAGAACUGGAUAUGGCCGGCUCUAACGGUCAACGGAAGUUCCAGAUGUUGACAAUGAAUUUGCCGAAAUACUUUUUAUAUGCUAAAUAGCCCAAGCUUUUGACCUUGAUGAUGGCUAAGGCCGCCAGCUGCCAGCAGUUUGAUUCUAGGUCUCAUACCCGCCAGUCUAGCUGAUUUUCCACUGUUUUCUAUUUUCUUUUUGUAUUUAAAAUUUUUUCCAUUUUAUUUGGCAUAUCUUAUAUAAGCAAUACCUGCAGCUGACCGUUGGAGCAUUGCACAAUCCGGGGCAGCAGCGUCGAUCGAUUUCACACACCGCUGAUCGCUGGGCAAGUGACUUCCGGCUUUUGGCCAAGCCCCGAAAGGUGGCCAACUAUAAAUGGCUAUGUUGUUGUCAAAAUGCUGCCACAAAUUUGACGAGAGUGCAACGCGAUGGAUCUGCCCCCUGGAAAGCCAAACGGACUACUUAAGAUGCAAAUGUUGCUCCUGCUUUUGGCUUUCUUCAUUUCACCGGCAUUGUUGCAGCAGCCACCUGUCUUCUAUCAUCCAAGACAAUUGUACUACGAUGCACCGCGUCUUCGGCGAUUUGAGUAUGCUUCAGCUGCCACGCCCAUUGUGGGCGGCUAUAGUGCGGCUCCAGCGCCGGCGAUUCACUUCCAGCAGCAGACACCGCACUUCCAGCUGCUCAACUAUCGACCCAGCUAUCAGCCCUUGGGCUUGGAUUACCAGCAGCAGCAGUUGCCCGCUCCUGCCCCGCCCCUCCCGCCCCUGUAUCCGCAGCAGAGUGUCCAGUAUCAGCAGCGGACCAUCGCUCCACAUGCCGAGCUGGCCAAGUACCGAUAUGAAGGCAACUAUCUGCCGGUGCAACGCGUUUCGCUGCAGCAGCCUCAACGUCGCGCCGAGGAGCAGCAGCAGUUGCAACAGCAGCACUUGCAACAGCAACAGCAACACUUGCAGCAGCAGCAGUUGCAGCAGCAACACUUGCAACAGCAGCCGCAGCAGCUCUUCAAUGUGCCACCCGCUCUCUUUACCAGCGAUGUGUUGCACGUGAUUCCACCUCGCAUUGCCAGGUUGCAGGAGCAGCAGCAACCCUCACAGAACGUCCAAACCGAACGACCCAGGAGGUACGCCAAGGAUCUGGACACGGAUGUGGCCGAAACCAGAAGUCCAAGUGACCGAAGUGCCAAGGAAACCAAGUACUUUCAUGAUAUUUUCAUGCGCUUUGAUGCUCCCGAUUCGCGGAGUCAUGGUCACGUCCUGAAGCAUCCGCAGGCGCAGGAAAAGCGAUUUGAGUCGCAGCGAGGCACGAAUCGCUACAAGGGCGAGACUUUCUCCCUCUCAACCAACCACUUCACGGACUUAGGUGAUUUGGACAGAUCGUCAAGGAGGCCACGGCGAACACCGUUGGGACCUGGCGCAGGGAAAACUCUGAGAUCAGACCUCAAUUUGCAUACUCCUCCUUUACAUUACCCUCCCCCUAACAAAAUGAAAAGAAACUCUUUGUACAUACCCAUCCGAACUCGCAUAAAUCGUGACUUUUCAUAAU